CAUCAGCCAAUGGCGUUCCUCCAAUUAUUUGAAUAUUGGGCAUGACUUGCGUGGUGAUUGGCCGGGGAGGGAGGUCACGUGUUCCAGAGACGUUACGCUGUCAUGGUUACAAUGAAAGACGCUUUGUGUUCUCCGCCCGAUGCCAUGUGGACUCGCUGAAUCGCCGCACUGAUUUACCACACAAAACGGGAGGUUAAAGUGAAAAUGUAAACUUUCCGACGUGCAGCAGCUUCCACGUGACUCCGUGGCAGCGUUCUUGGAUCUUUUCACUUCCGGAAAAAAGGAUGACAACAACACAAUAGUGUUGGCGACCUGCAAGUGCUUUAGUUCCCCACGCGCUGGAUCUCACAGCCCCCUCAAAAAAAAAACCCCAUGAGGAUACAGGGACAGCCCGAGGGCGCGAGGAGGCGUCUGGAUUUAAACUCUGCCGCUGAGCUGAGGGGCGUGGAGGUCAUCCGGGGUCGUGCCGGAUAUGGCUUCACCAUCUCGGGUCAAAGGCCUUGCCUGUUGAGCGGCAUCAUGGAGGGAAGCCCCGCCGACCUGGUGGGUCUCAAACAGGGGGACCACAUCAUGGCCAUCGGCGGAAGCGACGUGUCUACCGCUUUGCACGAGACCGUGGUGCAGUUGAUCGGCAGCUGCGAGGGACCCCUGCAGCUGGUGGUGCAGGGCGCGAGCCGCAUCAUGGCCAACCCCAUUCUUAACGACGCAAAAUUCGGGACCGGCCCCAAAAGUGGCGUUUUCCAAAAGCCCGCCGUUCUACGCGCUAUCUCGCACGAUUCUAGCAACUCCUCCUUCAAUUCCAGUCACUCUGGAAUCGCCAAACCGAGGCCGGUGUCCGAGCCUGACAUGUCGCAAUGGCCCCAGUGGGGCGGACGCCAGACGAACCCUUUUGCAGAGCAGCGGAAGAAGCAAUCGUCCGGGGACACGGACCCCGUGUUCACGGACCAGGCGAAUCCAGACUGGAGCACGCUGAACAUGACCCUGGUUGUGGGAUACCUGAGCUCCACGGAGCUGAUUUUGAACCCCACGGAGUCCGAGGAGAGCUGCCUUAAAGCCAUCCGGGAGCGAAUACGGCUUUUGGGAACCGAGCAGAGCACCCAUACUCUGGUGAUGAUGAAGGUCAUGUUCGACUGCGUCCGCCUCUGCGACGACGCGGGGGCCGUUUUGGCCGCGCUGCCUGCCGAGAACCUGGUCCUGGGGGCCGUGUGCGCGGAGGACCCGCGCUUUUUCUGCCUGGUGACCACGGCGCACGUGGUCGACGGUCGCAUCCCCGAGGACGGACCUCUGCGGGCCUCCUGCCACGUCUUCUUCAUCGACCCCGAGCUGGGAAACCACGAGGACCACAUCGGCAUCGCCGGGCGCUUCGGCUUCGACUGCACUCCCGAUCCCGACGCCUUGGGCUGCCUGGAAUUCCCUCUGUCUCCCCAGGACGUGCUGCACUUCGUCACGGUGCUGUACAGCGACAUGGGCGAGGCCGUGGAGAGGCUGCGGGUCAAGCUGGACGCGGAGACCGAGCUGCAGGCCAAGGAGAUGGGCGACGCGGGCAAACAGGGCAGCGCCAGCAGCAACGGGGACAGCGGGAUUGGAAACGCGUCCCCCCCUGGGGAGAGAGCGGACAGGGAUUUCCCCUCCGCCGUCCGAGAGCACCCGGGGGCCCACCUCCCCAGCUGCCCGUGGGAUUAUCCCCGGGCCGAAGACCUCCCCCCAAUAAAACUCUCAAAGAGCGGGCAGAAACUGCACAGCGGCAACAGCGGCGGCACACAUUCCCUCUCAGAGUCGCUGCCGGGCCCCGACUCCCUUCAUAAGUUUUACGGCGGUCCUCCGCCCAGGCUCGAGUUUCAGUUCAAGCCCCCACCGCCUCCCCUGCCUCUAAAUAAAAAGGCAAACGUGUUGGGCGACCCUCUCAGAGGUAGCCAAAGGUGGUUCUCAAAGCCCAAGUGGUCCAAAGCCCUAAGCGUUGACCCUGAGCCUCCGCCGAGCGACGAGUGGCCCACCAGCAUCGGCCCCGGGACCGGGACCGGCACCGCUAACCCGCCCCCCCCCAUGAGCAACAUCCCCUCGAACCGGUACCCUUCUGCAGAGGUCAUGAUGCUCCCUCCCAGACAGGAGUGGACCAAAAGGUUUCUGGAACAGAGAGAGAAACAGCGGAAAGAUGACGUUGCCAAAAAUGGCUCCAGGUUUUGGGGCAUGGGAGUCACCCGGGCCUCCAAACGCCGGGCUUCCAAGCGGAUGAGCUUGGCGAGGUCUCUGGAUGACCUUGAGGUAGGAAACGCGUUGCAUUUCUUUUUAUUUGAAUUAUCUUCUGCACCCCCCACCCCCCACCGAUUUUAUUUGCAUCAUAGCGUUCACAUGUAAGUUUUUUUGCGUAUGUCUUUUUU